GAAAAACCAUUCGCAUUCAGAGACAGUCCGCAAUCAAUAAGGGAGUCUACUUCCGGACCGAGUAUCCCGCUCUUUACUUUCAACCACCAUUAUGGCUCCCUAUCGUCCCGCACCUUCAACCACUCGUAAAACCCAAUACAGGACUCCGUACUCUCCUAUCAAACCAUACAAACGAUCACCACUGCAGUACAACCGCAACAGGUCCGGACCUCGACAAAGUGCCCCACCAGAAUCUCGCUCUCAUCGAGUCUCAAGUAACUGGAACCAACGACCACCUAUUCUUGAUCCUAUCUAUGAGAGCCCUCCUAACCGGCGGAGGCAAGAGGUAUUGUUCGACUUCGAAGACUCUUUUCGCGUGCCAGAGGAGAGGGAGGAAGACGACGACGACGACAACGACGUGCCGUUUCCCUGGGAGGACGAGCAGACACUCAUAGAUGAACUCUCGCGUGAUGGUGGUGGCGAACCAGACGACGACGAAGUUCUCAGGCUCAUCGAUUCGCUCCAAACCUCCUUUACGCGCUACUCCAAUACCCUUGUUGACGACAUCGCACAGACCCUUGUUCCUGCUGUCAGACGUGUCAAGGAAGCCCAUCAUAUUCUCAACACCCGUGUCGACGAGGAUUUCGGGAAGGGAUUGUGGGAGUUCCACGAUGCAUGUAAAAAGAUAGAGGUAGCGAUGUUGAAGGAUGCAGAUGAGGUGAAGGAGGAAUAUGAAGCUGCGCAGGUACGCAUCGUGGAAAUCAUGGCCAAACUUGAGGAUGCGUAUGCCCGAAGGGACCAGCUCUGGGUCGACUUUGAGGUCAAGUUCAAUGGGAUUGUGGACCCGACGAUUGACAUGCUCAAAGACCUUCCCGUCAGAAUGGAACGUGCUAUCUCCGAGGUCGAUAAACAGAGCAAGAAAUUAAAUAAGGACGACGUCGGACCGGAGCAGACUCUAAAGGACCUCUUAACAAAACUGACUUGAUUCAUGCUUCCUUUGACCUGCUUGCAGACAUUGCCCUACUCUUUGUCUAUGUGUUUAGCCUCCAUUCCUUACUGCGGCUCCGAUUGCUUCUGAACCUCUCUGCUUAUAGAAUGUACUAAUCGAUUCGUGAUUGGCUUCUUGUACCUUGUUAGUGUCUUCAUUCUCGAACAGUGAAGCUUCUCCCGCGCUUUCUGUCAAACCUUAGUCCCGAGACGGACAUCAGGCUGUCAAGUGUGUUGCGCUCGUUAAUGAUGGGUGAGAC